AUGAGUGUAUAUCAAGAUUACGAUGAAGAGGAGACAAAUGGAUUGUCUGUUUUACUUUUUGAGGCAGCAGCAACGCAUGCAGCUUCUCCCCGCAGCCCCGCAGCAAAAGCAGCAGCAGCAGCAGCAGCAGCAGCAGCAGCAGCAGCAGCAGCACCAGCAGCAGCAGCAGCAGCAGCAACACCAGCAGCAGCAGCAGAGAGGAGACCCCCUGUCCCCCCACUGCGCAGCAGCAGCAGGGGCUUGUCUGUUGAUAUGCAUGCAGCUCGUGGGGCUUCUAUUCAGGGUACAGAUUCUCUUACAGCAGCAGCAGCAGCAGCAGCAGCAGCAGCAGCAAGAGGAGGGUCUCUGUCUGCACGGGGAUUAAGGGCAGCAGGAGACAAACUAGAAGCAGUAAAACGCAAAGCAGCAGCAGCAGCAACAGCAGCAGCAGCAGCAGCAACUGCAGCAGGAGAAAAAAACCUAUCUCCUCGAUUGCCUCUGCUCAGCAGGAUCGGCUCCCCCCGCAGACAGCAGCAGCAGCAGCAGCAGCAGCAGCAGCAGCAGCAGAGUGCAUCUCCUGCUUCUCCUGCUGGGAGUGUUGGAUCAGUUCUAUCAACGAGCCGACAAUCCCGUCAGCAGCAGCAGCAGCAGCAGCAGCAGCAGCAUGGGGUAUACAAAGCAGGGGGCCGCAGCAGCAGCAGCAGCAGCAGCAGCAAGGAGACAGCAGGAGCAAGACAAAGAGGACCCAGAGCACAAAGGGUUGCAGGAGCAGCAGAAGAGAUGCGUGGGGAUCGACUCAAACUCGAUCCCAGGCUGAUGGAGGUAUUUAGAGAGAAGCAGCAGCAGCAGCAAAGAGCAAAAGAAGACCUAGAAAAGCUAUAUGAUUUACUAAAAAAACAAAACUCUAAGAUAGAUGAUUCUGCUGCUGCUGCUGCUGCUGCUGCUGCGGAUGAUGAUUAUAAUACUCCUGCUGCUGCUCCUCCUGCUGCUGCUGCUGCUGCUGCAGCAGCACUCAUGCAGGAAACAAAACAGCAGCAGCAGCAGCAGCAGCAGCAGCAAGAACAACAACUGAAGCAACAAAGACAACAGCAACAGCAGCAGCAGCAGCAACCAAAGCAGCAGCAGCAGCAGCAACAGCAGCAACCACAGCAACAACACCAACCCCAACCCCAGCAGCAGCAGCAGCAGCAGCAGCAGCAGCAGCAGCAGCAGCAGCAGCAGCAAGAGCAGCAAGAAGUACAUGGGCUAUUAGAUGGAUUAACAAAGGGUGCUUCUUUGGCUGAGCAGCAACAACACCAACCCCAACCCCAGCAACAGCAGCAGCAGCAGCAGCAGCAGCAGCAGCAGCAACAGCAGCAAGAGCAGCAAGAAGUACAUGGGCUAUUAGAUGGAUUAACAAAGGGUGCUUCUUUGGCUGAUGCAGUGAAGCUGCUGGAGCUGCCGCAGCAGCAGCAGCAGCAGCAGCAGCAGCAGCAGCAAAGUCUAGCUUUGGCUAUUUCUGAGAGCCUAGCUACACUAAAAGCAUCAAUACAUCUGCUUGAGGAGACAGAAAAAGAAAGAAGAGAGGAGACAGGUAGCAUCCGGUUGCUGCUGCAGCAGGCAGAGAAAGACAGAGAAGCAGCAUUUGCUGCUGCUAUUUAUAAAGUACAAGAAAUAAAUGAAGAUAUACAAAAAAAACAAAAAGAAAAAGAAGAACAAACCAACAAACAUAUACAACAGCUGCAGCUGCUGCUGCAGCAAAAGCAGCAGCAGCAGCAGCAACUCCUCGAUGUUAUACAGCAGCUCAAACACUUCUACACUAGCGAUGCAUGCGUUCUCCUUGGUUCUCCCCCAGCAGCAGCAGCAGCAGCAGCAGCAGCAGCAGCAGCAGCAGAAGCAGCAACAGCAGCAGGAGGAGAAGGGGGAGAAGUAGAUGCAGCAGCAGAGCAGCAGCAGCAGCAGAAGCAGCAACAGCAGCAGGAGGAGAAGGGGGAGAAGUAG